ACUGUUGUAGGCGUGGCUCAGGUGAGAGUUCCACGGCUGGUGCAAGGUAACGUCAGUAGGCAGAUCAAACUGACAGGUAAACGAUAUAGAGGGAGAGAGAUUUAUCAACACAAGCAGAAAAUUACGUGUAAAACCCCGACUUGUGAUUGACUUAGCAGACUGAAGACCCCCUAACUCUAUCUAAAAUGGGGAAAAAGAAAGAAAACGACAGUUCCGACCCUUACGGAGAACCUGCUAAGUAUGACCCAACUUUCAAUGGGCCGAUCCACAACAGGGGUUGCACUGAUGUUAUUUGCUGCAUCUUUUUCAUGGUUUUCAUUGCUGGAUACCUGGUGGUGGGAAUUUUGGCCUGGCUGUACGGGGACCCCAGGCAGGUGAUUUACCCUCGAAACUCGACCGGAGUUUUCUGUGGAUUCGGACCCAAUGAAGGGAAGCCCUACGUGUUUUACUUUGAUAUCCUGAAAUGUGCCACUGGUACCAACAUCAUGGCAGCUGCUCUGAACGGACUGCAGUGCCCAACUACCCAGGUGUGUGUGAACAGUUGCCCCAACAGCUACUGGAUGGUUCCUCUGAGUGGAUAUUUUAAGGAUGCGAAGCCCAAAGACGUGUUCAAUGAGAAGUACUGCAACCCAGCCAUCGACCUGCAGAACACCACACUGUCUGUGAAUCAAAUUCUAAGCAAAGAACUGUGUGCUGGAUUUUAUAUCCCAUCCACUUCAGUUUUUAAUCGGUGCGUCCCCAAAAUCGCUGACUUGCCGAGCAUCCCUUCUAAUUUCACCUUACCUGGGUCUGCGACUGCCAACGACACUGCCAGCUCCAUUGUAAAUGCCACCGGUGAUCUCUUUAUGGGGUUCAAUGCUAAAGCCUUGGGGGUGAAGAUUUUCCAAGACUUCGCCAAAUCCUGGUAUUGGAUUCUAAUUGGUCUGCUGAUUGCUAUGCUGGCCAGUCUGCUGUUCCUCUUGCUGCUGCGCUUUGUUGCUGGAGUCAUGGUCUGGGUUCUCAUUGUUGGGGUGAUUGGAGUCAUCGGCUAUGGUAUCUGGCACUGUUACUGGGAGUAUUCCAAUUACAAAGCGAGUAAUGCCUCCAUAUCGUCCGUCGGCUUCACCUCGGACCUCUCUGUCUUACUGCGGGUUCAAGAGACCUGGCUGGCUUUCUUGAUCAUCCUGGUUGUGUUGGAAGUGAUUCUGCUCCUGAGUCUGAUCUUUCUGAGGAAACGGAUUCUCAUCGCUAUCGCACUAAUCAAGGAAGCCAGCAAAGCAAUUGGUCACAUUAUGAGCGCGCUGCUGUAUCCCCUGGUCACCUUCGUCCUGCUGGUUAUCUGUGUGGCUUACUGGGGCAUCACUGCGCUAUACCUGGCAACGUCAGGGAUGCCUCUGUACCGGGUGAUGGCACUUAAUCAGUCUCUACCAAACUGUGCAAGCGUCAACGGAACUGAGUCCUGUGAUCCAUUGAACUUCAAUGCAUCCUCGUUCCCCUGCGAGUCGGCGCGCUGCAUGUUCUUCAAGUACAACGAGGAGGGCCUGUUCCAGCAGAACCUCUUCAACCUGCAGAUCUACAACGUGCUGGGCUUCCUGUGGUGCAUGAACUUCGUCCUCGCCCUGGGCCAGUGCACCAUGGCUGGGGCAUUUGCCUCCUACUACUGGGCCUUCAACAAGCCCGGGGAUAUGCCCUACUUCCCCGUGGCCAGCAGCUUCAUCCGCACUUUGCGGUAUCACGUUGGUUCUCUGGCAUUUGGCUCACUCAUUUUGACCAUUGUCCAGUUCAUCCGCAUCAUUCUGGAAUAUCUCGACCACAAGUUCAAAGCUGCCCAGAACCCCUGCACUCGCUUCAUCAUGUGCUGUCUGAAGUGCUGCUUCUGGUGUCUGGAGAAAUUCAUCAAGUUCCUCAACAGAAACGCCUACAUCAUGAUUGCCAUUUACGGGAAGAAUUUCUGCACCUCUGCUAAAAACGCUUUCUGCCUGUUAAUGAGGAACAUUGUCAGGGUGGUGGUGCUGGAUAAAGUGACGGACCUGUUGCUGCUGUUUGGAAAAUUAAUGGUGGUCGGGGGAGUGGGAGUCCUGGCGUUCUUUUUCUUCUCUGGUAGAAUUGUGAUGCCGGGAGAAACAUUCAGUGCCAGCUCGCUGAACUACUAUUGGGUGCCUAUUAUAGUGAGUUCUGCCAAUCAAACCCAGGCUCCUACUCAGACCGCGACAGUGGUUGUGGGAUCCUACAUGAUUGCUAAGGGUUUCUUCAGCGUGUACAGCAUGUGUGUGGACACCCUGUUCCUGUGCUUCUUGGAGGAUUUGGAGCGUAACGAUGGUUCUCAGGAGAAGCCCUACUACAUGCCCAAAUCUCUCAUGAAGAUCCUCAACAAGAAGAACAAGCAACCCAAAAAGCCCCAAAAAAACAAGGAGUGAGGACACACUCACACACUCGCCUCCCGAGUCCUCGCUUAGCCCUAAACACCAGCAAACACACCAAAAGCCUUUUAAACACACAGACCAAUCUUCAGAGGGGGAAAUCGCUUUCAGAAAAAUUAGGCACAUUUUAAGAGAUAGGAAUUUCUCCUUUGGUACGGAGUAGUUUUAUAGUUAUUGCCAAGCUUUAGUUGGCUAACUACAGGGAUUUCUUUAUCCUGAUCAAAAGAGUAUGUAGCUUCACAUUUCAUUUUCUUAGUUUUUAUCUUUCCGCGUGUUUCUUAUAGUAAUCAGAGACCAUCUUUAUUUUUUGUCUAAGUCUGUGUUGCUCUGACUGAGUGUAGGCGCUGCUGUUCAGUUAUGGAAAUCUGUAAUGUAGGCUAGAUCAGCCAAAGAGUCUUUUUAUAGAAACAAUGGUCUAAUUUCUUUCAGAAAAUUUCAAGCAUUUCCUCAAUCUCUCUUUUUGUCAGAUUUUUAUUGCUAAAAAACUGUGGCUGAAAUAUCCAGUAUUUAUUUAAAUUUUUUAUUUUAACAAAACUUGUACGACACAGUCCUAAUAUACAAAAAUGAAGCUAUAGCAAACACGGAACGUCAUUUUAAAACAGGCAGUGCUACGCCAAGUUCUCGAUUUGCAUGCCUUAGUUUCAGGUAGGCUGUUACUGGUUUAUUUCCUGGGUCAACUUAAAAGUGUCUUUGGCGUUGCAAAGGGGGUGGAGCCAAUUCACUCUCCAAGUGGCCAAGGAAUUCCGAGACACUGAAAGUAGCUGGGCUCAUGCAAACAUAUUCCUCUAACACUGCUGUGCACCAGAUGUUUUUAAAUGAAUUCCAUGCUUGCUGUAAACCCUGCCAGUAAGAUUCAGGGAAUUAUAGUUUGUUGCAAAAACACAGUUAAUAGACAAAAAGUUUUGACCACAUUUCUUCUUAGUGUUUAACUACAAUUUUUACAAAUUACAAAACAGAGCAUGCAGGGAAGUAAGGAUAGUGACGGGGGCUACGUUUUAGAAAUACAUUUAAGAAUUUUUUAUUU